AUGGCAGAGUGGUCGAUUCACGUGGCUGUGGUCGCCGAACCGUACUUCAUUCCCGCCCGUGACAACUGGUUGGGAUGCGCUGACGGUUUGGUGGCCAUUAUUGGCGAGACUCUGAGCGACCCGUCUCGGGGCCGCGGCUGGGUUGCUGCGGUCUCGGGCGGCAUCGUUAUUGUAGGGGCGUAUUUCUCCCCCAACAAGAGUCUCGCCGACUUUGAGGGUUUCCUUGUCGAGUUGGGCGCCGUCAUAGGCCGCUAUCACCCUCGUCCCGUUCUGGUGCUCGGGGAUCUCAACGCCAAGUCAUCGGCGUGGGGAUCUCCGGUCACUGACCCUCGGGGCGAGGUGUUAGAAGAGUGGACGGUGACGACUGGUCUGGUCGUCCUGAAUCGGGGUUCGGAAUACACAUGCGUGCGGCAGCGGGGUGGGUCGAUAGUGGACGUCUCGUUUGCUAGCCCCUCUGUCGCCAGCUGA